AUGUCCUCUCUCAUUGAGGACUCUCAAGAAGACGAGGACUCUGAUUACACCUUCGAAGCAGACUUUAUAAGACACAAAACCAGACAAGUAGCUUUCAAAAGAGAACUCGAGGACCAUUAUCGAACAAUGUCAGCACGUCGGCCUAAACGAAAACAUUGUGCUACAACUGCUUCUACAGCUUCUUCUUCCUCCCUUUCCGAAUAUCACAACAAUCACAAUCAUAACCAUAACUAUAAUCAUAAUCAUAAUCAUAGUCAAAUUCAAAUUCAAAAUCAAAAUCACCGUCGCCGCCACGAAAAGUUACCAUCGCCGUCGCCGUCGGCCCUAUCCCUCCACCUGCCAUCGAGCGAAGAUGAUAGCGAAGAUGACAUCCUUGAAUUCUUGCAGCCAACAAGAUCGUCAGGUCUUCGCAACUCACAACUGGCAGCACCGAAGCUUACUAUGGCCGAUAUCCAAGAAAGGAUAGCCAAUAACAAAGCAAGAGAUGAAGAAAUCCGUCGCGCUCAAGAGCUCCUAGAAGAGACCGAGUCCUCGAAUGAAAAGAGACAGACAGAGUCAGCAACCGCAAAUAUAAAUGCCUACCUCAAAUCGCAAGAAGGAGUACCAGCUAUCCUUAACGUGUUGAACCCGAGCAGAAAACACGACCAGCUUCCGACGUGGUCCUUUUUCAGCAACGCUUCUAUGAUACACCAGGCUCCGCUGGGCGAACUAUUUGCUGCAAUCCAAGAUAGUGGUUGCAUUAGCGCUUUGCUCAGAUCAAAUGAACCCGAGCUAGGUGUUGAAAACAUCCGCGACUUUUUAGUUUCCGGCGCCAUGGUUGAUUGUUUAGAGAGCUAUUGUUCUGUAUUAGAGCCCCCUCUCCGCCAACUCCUUCUCGAUGCAGUCUGCUUGAGAGGCGACGAGGAUAUAUCAUUCUCUUGUUUUACCUUAGCCCUUCACGAACAGUUUGAAUCUGUUCUUGAUCAAAAGGGACUACAGCGUAUCUUCGAGUUAAUCGGUGGUUCAGGAAGUGCUCUCGAUCUCAACAAGCCCCUAGUAGCUAGCUACCGAGAGGGAACACCCGAUAAUGCAAAUGAAAAGAGUGUCACAUAUAGUCCAAGCUGGUGGAACAUCUGUUUGGUGUUGAAAAUGCUAAGAAACCUUCUACAAGGGUAUUACCAACUUAUGAACCCCCACCAUACUGCAAUCUGCUCAACUAAUUCUGUUCCAUGCAAUAGUUUAACCGACGAUGGGCUGCGUAUUACGUGGGGCUUGGUAGUGCGUUUCUCACUAGAUGAGCGAAGGAUGAAGGAGCGAAGGGGCCAGCCGGAAUUUCUCAGUUUAAUUGAAGAUCUUCUCGGGCAGGUCGGGCGAAGGAGCAACUCAUUAGUCCAGACCAUCCUGUCCGAAACGCUAGCUUCAGUCACUAAUAGAGCAUUCCAGGUACAGUUACUUGGGGUUCUGCCAACAACAUCCAGAUUCUCGCAUGACUUCAGAAAACAGCUCGCGAGGCUAUUCUUUUCGGGGAACAAAGUUUACAUUGGGCCAGAACCCAGCCCAGGUAUUCUCAUGGGCAGUAUCGUAGCUGCCCUGAAAAGCAAGGAAGUGAGAAUACCUAAAGGCGAAUCACAUGCUCAGUUGCAGAAUGUUGUCGAUAUCAUCAAUAUUUCAGUGGAUGAUGCUCGAUGGUGUGCGAACGUCGUGGAAAGAGAUGAGGAAGGGCAAUCGGAAAAUCUACUAGAGAAACUGGUCCUGCACAUUAAACACUCCAAGGAGUUCACCCAGGACGCCGGUAUCCAUCUAGACAUUGAGAAAUCAAACGCUAAGGAUUCGUUCGCUCAACUGAUCAUCCGACUUGAGGGUGUUCGGAAAAAAAGGAGGGGUGUCCAAACGGUCAUGGAUAAUUAUUUCCGACUAGGACCAGGAUAG